AUGGACUUUCCUGAAGAGGGCGACGGAUGCGCGAAAUUUGUGCUGCAGGCCUCCAAUUUUAAAGUUUUCCACAAGGCCAUCAAUGCCAUCGCAAAAAUCUCGACCACGCUAUCGGUGGAGCCGACGAAACAGGGGUCCCUACUCGUCGCUUUCAAGUCGGCCAAUUUUACGGAAAAGACGCACAUCCAAGUCGACAUGCGGAUACACCCCGAGAAGGACAACUUUAUAAUGGAGAUGCUGCUGGUGAACGAUGUAAAACGGUUGUAUCGCGUUCGAGUCUGUGACAACAAGCGCCAGAUGCCGAAAAAGUUGUCGGCGGACAAGGCAAAGAUGGCGAAUAAGCUCGGCUGCUCCCCAGACACGCUACUGCCCAUCAUCGAGCAGAUGCGGAACAAGAGUGACGAGCUCGUGGUGCAUGCGCAAAGGGAGCGGAUCCACUUCAAGAACUAUCAACGAGAUGGAGCAGAGAAGCGCACAAAGCUCAUCUCCGAGGCCACCUGGAUGAGCGCCCAGUUCAACUCGAUGAAUAUUCGCCGCGAGACCGAGAUUAAUUUCAGCGCCAAAGAAUUUAAGGCUAUCCUUUCUUUCGCUUCCCAACAGGGCGCCAAUGUGACGUUGUAUUUUGAUCAGCCUUCAAAAGGGCCGUCAUCUGUCAAAAUGAAGUCAAUGUCACCAAAACUGCCGAUCAUUGAACGAGGACUAUCCGCUACACCACCCCCUUCACGACGACACUCGAUGAAUGUUACGGCAAAUCGCGUCUCAGCGAUGCGAUUGAAUUCCAGCAAAAGCCCAGCAGCAGAGCAGAGUGCUUUUCCUUGUAUAAGCCCCGAUUGGGUGCCGGACAACAACGAUUUGGCGAUGGAGACGGAUUUUGGGGCUGUAAACCAGCCGCUCGACGACGACGCGGACCGCAUUCCCGCGAGCCCGGAGCGGCCACCGCCCAAUAAGCGAGAUAAAAAGUACCGCAACUUCAUGAUGUCUACGGCGCACGCUACGCAACACGCCUCCCAGCGACUCACCCAGCAAGCGUGGGGCCACGAGACAAUGAGCAGGACAAAAUCC